GAACAGCCAUCUAGUAUCCAUUUUCCAUCGCUCGCUCGCCAUUUGGCACGACAUGAUGCGCCAAGAAGCAGCAACCAGAGCACACGACUCCGGUCACCGGCCGGCGGCGUCCAUGGCUGACGUCCCCUACGACGACGGGAAGGAUCAGGCGGCGGCGACGUGGCACGGGUCGGUGCGCGCCGCGGUGGAGGGGCCGACGCCGGACCAGGCGUGGGCGCUGCUGGGGGACUUCUGCUCCCUCGACCGAUGGGUACCCUCGGUGCAGACGUGCCGGAGGGUGGAGGGCGCCGAUGGCCGGCCCGGGUGCGUCCGCUACUGCGCCGGGCCGGUGAACAAGGCGGAGCCGGCGGCGGCGGCCGGGUGGUCGAGGGAGAGGCUGCUGGAGCUCGACCCGGCCGGGCGGCGGUACAGCUACGAGGUGGUGGAGACCAACAAGGGGUUCGGCCGGUACACGGCCACCCUCCAGGUGGAGCCCGACCCCGCCGGCUGCGCCGUCGCGUGGUCGUUCGAGGCCGACCCUGUGCGGGGCUGGACGCUGGAGGGGUUCGUGGGUUUCCUCGAGGAGCUCGCGCGCGGCGUCGCCAAGAGGCUCGAGGAGGAGAUCAUGACCCAAGAUGACGCUCCUGCCUUGCAAGUCCUCCAAUCUUAGUUUUUUGUCCCUCGAUCUGUUCCUGGUGUCUCUCAGAUUCGUGGUUCAUGCUCGCAUGUUCUUGAUUCAUUUCCCAAAACAGAUUCAUAGAACGGUUUUAAACUUUUUGAUCUCCACACGUUGGUUGAUCGUCGUGACCAUAUCCCAUUCCAAACGUGCAGCAUGUAUGUAUGUAUUCAGUAAAACAUGCCGCGUGUAUUCAA